AUGCGCUCUACAACCUCAAUGAUGGAGGGCUCAUUAUUUCCUCAAUAUAAAAAAUAUCAAUCAUCUUUCAAGUGA